CAUAACACUCCGAGUAAUGCUCAGCUCUUUCCCUUUUCUUUCUUCUUCCUACAGACUUAUAAAAAAAACUUGGCCCUCCCAUGAAGUUGCUAUUUUCUCUCUCGUUUAGCGGGCUCUCGUAAACUCCGUUUCAACUGUUACCAACACACAUCUCACCCUCAUUCCCGUAUAUAUAUAUUUUCAUUAUAAAAAAAAAUUGUUCUUUCCAACAAUCUCAUCCCAAAUCAUGCCUCAAUAUACCAACAUCAAUUCUUGAGUUUAAAAUACUAUAACUUCAUAUUAUUAUUCACUAUUUCAAUUUAAUUUGCGCUUUAAGAAAAAGGGAAUUUUAUUUUUACCUGUAUUUUGGUAAAAAUGUGGAGAACUUCGUGUAAGUUAUUGAAACGGACAGUUACAGUUACGGUUACAUCGGCUGCCAGAACAAACUCGAUUAACUAUGGGACGGGACCGUUUAGGCAGUUUGUGGGUAUGGAUUAUCAGUUCGGUUCGACCCGAAUAUUGGGUGGGUACUAUUUUACCUCUGCUUCCAAUGGGGGUGGAGAAAACGGGGAAAACAAGAAUGGGAAUGCGAAUGGGGAUAGUAUUACUCAUGAGGAAGCUAAGAGGUUGAUGAGAUUGGUGAAUGUUGAGGAGUUGAAGUGGAAAUUAGGGAUGAAGGAAAAGGAGGUUAUUGGGUAUGCUGAUCUGUUGAAGGCGUGUGAGAAAAUGGGCGUGGCUAAAACACAUGAAGAAGCUGUUGGUUUUGCUAGAGUUCUUGAUGAGGCUGGUGUUAUUUUGCUUUUCAGAGAUAAAGUUUAUCUUCAUCCUGAUAAGGUAGUGGAUGAAAUUAGAAAGGCAGUUCCCUUAGCACUUCUACCUGAUGAUGACCCCACAAUAGAGGAACUAAAGAUUCUGCAGGAGAAGAAAGAUAAAAUAGAUGAGCUUGCACAUAAGCAUGUGCGCCGCAUUUUGUGGUGUGGUUUAGGGGCUGGCCUUUUGCAAGUCGGUCUUUUCUUCCGUCUUACGUUCUGGGAAUUCUCUUGGGAUGUGAUGGAGCCAAUUGCUUUUUUUACAACUUCUGCUGGAAUAGUAAUAGGUUAUGCUUACUUCCUUGUUACUUCUAGAGACCCGUCAUACCAAGAUGUGCUGAAGAGGCUUUUCCUCUCAAGGCAGAGGAAGCUGAUCAAGAAGUCUAAUUUUGAUAUUCAGAGGUUUGUUGAAUUACAAAAGAAAAUCAAAUUGCCAGUGAAUAGUCAAGCUUCCAUUAAACAUCGGUUGGGGGUGGAGCUGGAACCCGAGGAUCUUUUACAUGGUCACUAA